CGAAGCUAGUGUUUGCAGAGCAGCUGGGUCGUCUGCACACCAAGCAGCAGCAGGAAGGAGAGCUCCUGGAGGACAUUAGGUCCUUCAGUAAACAACGGGCUGCCAUAGAGAAAGAGUAUGCUCAGUUCCUGAGUGGUGUGUUGGUGUCCAGAGGUGAGGAAGUGGAGGGACGAUGGAGAUGGCUGUCCUUGAAGAGAAUGCCCCCCCCCACCCCACACACACACACACACACUUUCGCCCAGGAAAAAAUAGACCAGAGACAGAGAGAGAGAUGGACUGUGGAGAUGAGAGAUUGUGAGAUACUGAAGGAGAGAAACAAACAGAGAGUGCAAGAGAGAUUGAAAGAGGAAUAAUUCAUACAAAGGAGAGAGAGGGGGGAAGAGAGAGGGGAAUAGAGAGGGGAAGACCUAGGGAAAGACUAUGGAAUGUAGCAAGCAGGUGAUGGGGAGCAAAGACCUUGUGAACCAGGAGCUUCAGGGACUAGAGAGCUUUGUGUGUGUGUGUGCGCGUUUGUGUGUGUUUCUGACCCUGCUGGGGUCAGUUACACAGGUAGCUCUUGUGUACUUUGAAUAGGAAGUAAACAGUAGGCGUAUGUUUGUUUGCGCUUGUGUGUGUAUGUGUUGACACUUAGGUGCUGGUGUUCAGACUAGUAUGCUGAUGAUGAAAGUCUCUACUGCUUUUACUCAAAACAGCUACCAGUCUUCUGCUGGUCUCGAGAGAUGAGUGUGUGUUGGUAAAGUGAGUGUGUGGUGAAUAGUGUGUAAAGUAGAUGUUGGUUAAGGUAUGUUGUGUGUUUUACAGGUAAGUUCUGUGUACUGAAGUGUAUGUUGAAGUUGAUCUGUUGCUGUUGUUGGUAAAGAGUGUGUUGCUGGUGUAAGCUGUGUUACAUGUACAGUGUGUUGUUGGGGUAUCUGUGUGUUCAUUGGGAAGGAGUUGGCCAUGCGUUUAUAUAUAUUGAGGGAUAUGUUGAGGUGUGUUGUGUGUCUCUUCCAGGCUCUUCAGAGGCUGGCACUUCAGUACCAGAAGAGAGACUGGCAGAGAGGCAAGGGAGACUCACUCAGUUCUGGGAGUGUGUUCUCAGUGUGGAGGUCACUGGUGGACGCUACAGCUCAGACCGCAGUGUCUCGGCUGAAUGCGGCUGAGGGGUAUCGCUCCCUGUCAACCGACGCCUUGAAGAGCAUUCGCAACGCCAAAGAGCCUCGCGCCAAGAGGGGUCUGGAACAGCUCCAGAGGGUCCAGAGGGAGGUGGUGGGAGCUCUAAGGGAGCUCCACAAACUGAAGAAGAGGUAUUUCCAGUUGAGCCACAUCGCUAACACAGCCAGGGAGAAGGCUGCUGAUGCCCAGGCCAGGUCUCGGAGGAAUGAGCAUGGGAUCUUCCACUUCAGAACAGGCCUGCAGAAGUUAAGCACCAAGCUGAGUGUCAGACUGGGGGAGUGUGACCAGAAACUGAUGGAGGUACGGAAUGAGUACCAUCUCUCUCUGGCAGCCACCAACUCUCAUCACCAAUACUACUACACCGUAGAGCUGCCUAGCAUCAUGCAGAGGCUGGAUGGGGAGCUGUACGAGCAGUUGAGAGGCCUCUUCAGUCUGCUGUGUUCUACGGAGGUAGAGGCGUGUCUCUCCUCUCAGGCAGCCUUCAGCAGGGUGUGGGAGCACGCCGCCCAGGUAAGCAGAGAAAGGAGCCUGCAGCUCUUUCUACAGGAGGCUCCUGCUUUUACCAAGAUCACAGACUUCAUAUUCCAGCUCUCCCCACAUGAUAAGGUGUGUGUCCUGCAGCAGAGCACCAACCCAGAGGGAGAGAGUUGUCUGGAGAAAGAGGCCAGGAAGUGGUCCUCCAAGGCUGCGAAAGACUACAAGGUCAUCACCCAAGGAGAGAGGGCGGUGCAGACUCUCGAGCAGCGUGUUAAGCUGCUGUCUGGAGACACAGGGGCCAGUGUGGAGCAGAAGCUUCUGGAAGUCCAAGAAGCCGUCCGAAAGGCCAAGGUGAGCCAUGUGAAGGCAGAGUCCUGUCUGGCAUUGCUGGAGGGGGCGGGGGUGGAUGUGGAGCCGUGGCUGACCAGUGCCAUGAGCCAGGCGGAGGAGCAGCUGGAGAGAGAGAGGAGGCUGAGUGAAGCUCGCAUGUCCAACGGUGACAUUUCCAACCUGGAGGAGGAGUUUGAGUUCACAGACUUUGAGGAUUAUGAUGACAACAGUGACACUUUUGUAGACUCACCAUCUGGUUCAGGACCAUGUGGAUACCCUCUCCUCUGCAUUGUCCUCUACAGCUAUCAGGCCAGCCAAUCCGAUGAGCUGUCGAUCACCGAAGGGGAGGAGCUUCAGGUGAUCGAGGAUGGGGAUGUGGAGGACUGGCUGAAGGUGUGUAAUGCGUCUGGACAAGUGGGCUAUGUGCCUGAGAGGUACCUGCAAUUCCAUUGGUCUCCAGGUGAGGGCACUGUCGGGCACUCAUUGGAUUGGUCAUUUGACAGUUCUGGUUCCUCCUCUGAGCACUCCCAUAAAGGCCCACAGUACCUCCCACAGGCAGCAGGUCUAGUGCGGGCCCUGUAUGACUACCAGGCCCAGAGUGGGGAGGAGCUGUCGUUCCCAGAGGGGGCAGUGAUCAGGCUGAGGAGGCGUGCCCAGGGCUGGGGCCAGGGGGAGGUGGAUGAUGGUUUUUGGGAGGGGGAGCUGGAUGGACGGGUGGGGGUGUUCCCGUCCCUGGUAGUGGAGAUGCUUGGGGACAGGGAGGAAGAGGAGGAAGAAGAAGAGAAGGAGGAAAGCUUUCCCACUCCCACUCUUCCGCCCUUUUCUCCCCCCAUCCCAAUCGCUAUCCCCCCAGCCUCGCUCCUAGUCUCCUCCCCUAGCCUCAGCCCCAAACCCAGGUCAGGGUCCUGGUCCGUCCACAGCACGCCCCCUAGAGACGUGGAGGAGCAUCUUCAGGCCAUGCCCUUGGAGCUCCAGAGAGUGGCAGACAGUAGACCAGAGAGGGGAGGAGGCAGCAGCCACAGCUCACCAGACCUUUCUGUCCGGAGAAUUCUACCGACCCGAGCUCCGCCUCCUCCCCCCACCGAGCGACACUUCCCCAUGCCGUGAGAACACACCUGCCUCCUCCCCCCACCCAGCGACACUUCCCCAUUCCCCAAGGGUGCAAAACCGAACAGAAAAAAUUGAAUUGUUCAACACACAAACCACGGUUCGGUUUUUACAUGUAAACCGCGGUUUUUCGGAUCUACGAGAAAACACAACCUAACAGUCUCACUAUAGCCUCGCGCAGCACUGCUACUUUCCUUACUGAGGAGAUGGCAACACUGCUGGAGAGAGGCAAAUCAUGCGAAGCUGCCAGGCACCUGUAAAGUAUGCUAACCAGGAGCCGAGUGCACCAGCUGGGCGUACGCCUGGGUGUAACGCUACGUCCGACGUAGAACUGAAAGUUACGACUAACUUAAAGUUACGACUAGUGCACCAGUUAGACUUAAGCCCUUUAUGUGCUGCACCUGGGUGUACAUUUUACGCCUAGUGGGGAGCAGGCGUAAGUUGGAAAAUCGGACUAAUAUCCAUGGUAAUUAUAAUGUACAACAGUUUGAUCGCACAUGCAGCGCGUCUUGUUUAUAGGCAACAUAUGGAAAGGACAUUAAGGCGAGAAAAAGUUGUCCGUGAUCGCACAAAUCCACUGUUAAUUUUAUUGGUGAUCGAUUUCCAAGCUGAUUGUUAUUGUAAAUCCAUGGCUUGUUUUGAAGGGAGAUAGGCUAGCUAAGUGCGCUUUGGAUAGGCUCUUAAAUGUGUUGCCCGUGGCCUGUCAAGCUUGGUGCACUCGGUGUAAAUUCAAAUCACAAAGUCGGACGUAACUAAGACCGACGUAGGAGUUAAGACCAACUUUUUUACGCCCAGCUGGUGCACUCGGCUCAGGGCUGCCAACUCUCACGCAUUGGCUGUGAGACACACGUAUUUCAACCAGUUCACACACUCUUACGCCACACCUUGUAUUUCUCAAACUGAGAAGGCAACGCCAAUCAUGCAGUCAUGCUAACGUUGUAAACAGUAAUAAUGGAUGAGGCGCAGGCACACGGUGUGAAGCAACAUAGACGCGCGAACACCCGUGAAAGGGGUUAGACGGGGGUUAGAACGCAGCAAAAUUUGGGUUGGCCCCACCAAAUCUCACUCCAAGGUUUUUUGAAAAGUUAGCAGCCUUGUGCUAACGGUAAUACAUCUAACAUGAUGGGGCAUCUACGCCUGAUAUACAGAAAAUACAGAGAGAGCACUAAAAUGGUAAUGUUUUUUUCUUCCCCCUAAUGUGCUAAACAAAACCGAACCGAAACCGUGACCCAUAAAACCGAACCGAACCGUGGGCUUGUUGAAUUGUUGCACCCCUAAUGAAAACACACCUGCCUCCUCCCCCCCCCAGUGACACUUCCCCAUGCCGUGAAAACACGCUGCCGUCGACCAUGUGGAAUCGAGGAAGGCUUUCCUGCAAAUCAAGCUGUGUAUGUGCAAAAUACUUUAGAAAGGAGACAUUCGCUUGAGGACACCAUUGACGCUAACUCUGCGGUUACAGAACAAACUUUUUUUACUGUCUAUGGCCGUUUAUCAAUCUGAAGAACGCUAAGAACUUAAUUGUGUUCUUCGGUAUUGGAACUAUACUUGACCUUGAAACAUGACAUCAAACAAGUUCAUCAGAACACAAGAACGGAAAAGAAAUGCUGAUUGAUAAACAGCCUAUAAUUGGCUUACCUGCCCGGUUCCUCAAGAGCUAUCUUCCUAUACGUUUUUGCUCCAACCCUCCUCCUCCAGCAUUCCCCAUUAUCUUAAUUUGCUGGUUGUAGCGUUUGAACCAGGUUAGUUACAACUUGGGUGGUUGAAGCAAACAUUUGUAGCUGUCCAGGAAAGUCCUGUGGGCUCAUUUAUACAACUGCGCGUAGAAUUCAUGUGAAAACGUUGCGUUCGAAUGAAACACAGAAAGUGCGUGCGCACAAAAUAUUCAGAUUUAUAAAACAGAGCAUGCACAUUCUGCUCCGGUUUUCCUUUAUAAAUCACAACUUACUAGAAAAUUAAGUGCACGUGUGCGAGCGUCUUGUCCCACCCAAGUAACUCCCAUAAUUGGCCUAUAAAUGGUUAUUGACAUGCACCAAAUUAAUAUAAAUAGCCUACCACACUGUCAGGUGUGGUAGGCUAAUUGCACUGAAACCCGGCCAAUGACGUUAUCACAUUGACAGUAAUGCACAACAAACACGUGAAAACAGCGGAAACGCUAAUGGCCUACAUAUGCCCAUAAGCCACGCCCAAAGUCUACGUGAUUUCCCCUGCACCCCAUUUCUCCAAAAUUACUGUAAAUUUGAAUACAUGCCUUAUUUCUUAUGGGGAACAAAAAAGCCUCAAGGACCCAUAAGGUCCCCCAUGAUAGAUUUAGCUGUUCAGUGAACCUUUGGGUAAACCUACAAAACUGUUCUCCUCUUGAUCCGUAAGUCCAAUCAUCUGACUUGGUAUACAUGUGUAGAAUACAUGUCUUCCUAUAGGGUCAAAAGGAAUGCAAUGCAAAAUGGCUGAAAGAAGUGUAUUUAUGUAAAUGUCCACAUUGCCUCAAUAUCUUUGUGUCAAUAAAUAAAAUAUAAUUUUGACUGAUGGUUUUUAAAACCUAGUAAGGGUCAAGAUGACAUCACUUUGAAGUACCAUAAAUGAUUUCACCUUGGUAUGUCAAAAUAUGAUUGAAUUACAGCUGUUUAAACUUUGGCCAAAUCUAACAGUGCUUGCCACAGGAGAAACUGAUUACUUUUUUUCAUAUAGUAACUGACCGCAGUGUUUCCCAACACUGAGAAUAGCUCAAUGAGCUGAGAAGUGCAAGGUCAUAGGUUCAAAUACAGCCACAGCCAUUGGGCAUGUCAUAGUUCUAAAUUAUCUAUUUAGUUAAACAGGAUGACAUCAUUCUGAAGUACAAUGCACAAUUUCACCUUGAUAUGUCAAAAGAUGACUGAAUUACAGCUGCUUGAACUUUGUCCCAAAGCUGACCAAAGCUAAUACUCACCCCUUUCAAUUCAAAAUAACUCAACAGUUGAUGUGUAGCAGAGGGGAUAGAGAGGCUUGUUGUGUCGUGCGUAGACUAUAAGUAAUUUGACACCAAAGCAGAGGAACUUGGAAACAUGUCUUUUACUUGUCUUCUCUCGUCUACUCUUCCUUUCUCUUACAAUUUAACUCAAUCACCUACAGACACUUGAACGCCCUCUAGUGGUAUAAGAUGAACAUGUAACAAGAAAGAAUAUACUGGACACAACAAGGCUGAUUUGCAAUCACAUGCUCUUGAGUUCGAAUCUCCAUUUAGCCUGAUGUUGUU